UGGAGUUUUUAUCACCCACACUGCAUAGAUGGAGCAGAAAAGGAAUGUGACUGAAUUCAUUUUAGUAGGCCUUACACAGAACCCCAAAAUGCAGAAAGUAGUGUUUGUGAUAUUUUUGGUCCUAUACAUGGUAACACUUUCAGGCAACCUGCUCAUCGUGGUUACCAUUACCACCAGCCAGGCUCUGAACUCCCCCAUGUACUUCUUCCUGACUCAGCUUUCCUUGAUAGACACAAUUUAUUCUUCUUCUUCAGCUCCUAAACUGAUUAUGGACUCCCUUCAUGAGAAGAAAAUUAUCUCCUUUAAUGGAUGUAUGGCUCAAGUGUAUGCAGAACACAUUUUUGGUGCCACUGAGAUCAUCCUGCUGACAGUGAUGGCGUAUGAUCGCUACGUGGCCAUCUGCAAACCUUUGCACUAUACAGCCAUCAUGAGCCACAGGCUGUGCAGGCUUCUGCUGGGAGUGGCCUGGACUGGAGGAUUUCUCCAUGCAACCAUUCAGAUUCUCUUCACAGUCUGGCUGCCCUUCUGUGGCCCCAAUGUCAUAGAUCAUUUCAUGUGUGACUUGUACCCUCUGUUGCAACUCGUGUGCAUGGACACUCAUACUCUUGGUCUCUUUGUUGCUGCCAACAGUGGGUUCAUCUGCUUGUUAAACUUCCUCCUCUUGGUGGCCUCCUAUGUGGUCAUCUUGCACUCCCUAAGGACC